UAAUGUAAGAACCUAAAUACAAAGCCAUUUUCCUGUCGUAACUAAUACUAGACAGUGACACCUGAGACAGACAACCUUCAAGUUCAAGAUGCAGCAGAAACACAAGUUUACUCUUCACUGUUUACAUUUUACAUAGAAAGAGAGAAAGUGACAACUGAAGAAAUAGAGAGAGAGAGUGAAGAACAUAAUAAAAGGAGUGAUGUUGGUGGUGGGAGGGAAGCAGUAGUUUUGUUUAUGCACACUCUUAGCUGGACAAGGCGGGAUUUCCGGCGGUCAAACCCGCCAUACAACCCAACCGGUGCCGUAUUCUCUUCUCUCUCUCUCCCUCCCACCAGUUCCACAACACUCUCACUCAUUCAAUACCAUACCAUACCCUUCCUUUAAUUGUUGAAGAAUCAUUGGUUUUCCAAGACAUAGAGAUGAGAAGAAGGAGGAGAAGAUGAUGAGUAGCAGCACUGAAAGCGUCAAAGAUUUGUCACCGCAAAGUUUGAACAAUCAAAGCCUCGUGAUUAAGUUACAGACAUUGGUAGAUACAAAUUUGCAUACGUAUUUGGGAGUCAGAUGGUACUAAUGUUUGGAUCCUUUGGUCAGCGCUUGUAAUAAGACAUGGUGAAUCUGCUAGGCAUGGUGUGGUUUGGACUCUUGUUCUUGUUGCUGUUUAACUUUGAGUUCACAUUGGAGCAGGUUGUUGUUGAGCCACUGAGUUCAACCGCGGAGCGAGCUGCGCUGCUCCAGCUUCGAUCCUCUUUGGGCUUGAGGAGCAAGGAAUGGCCAAUAAAGGGUGACCCUUGUUUUAUCUGGAGUGGUGUGAGUUGCCAGAAUGGUAGUGUUGUUGGCAUCAACAUCUCUGGCUUUAGAAGAACCAGGCUUGGGAAGCAAAACCCAAAAUUUUCUGUGGAAGCCUUAGCCAAUCUCACCCUCUUGGAGUUUUUCAAUGCCUCCAAUUUUCUUCUCCCUGGUGCUAUCCCUGAUUGGUUUGGUCAGGGGCUACCUUCACUUACAGUGCUAGAUCUUCGUUCAAGUUCAAUCAAUGGUGCUAUUCCUUCAAGUUUUGGGAAUUUAACAAGCCUCACUAGGCUCUAUCUUUCUGAUAACAAUCUUACUGGGGUGCUUCCUGUUAGUCUUGGUCAACUCUUAGCACUUUCAGUGCUUAAUCUUUCCAGAAAUGCUCUUAGUGGGUCCCUGCCAUCAUCAAUUGUCUCUCUUGUGAACCUUUCUUCCCUUGAUAUUUCUGAUAAUUAUUUAUCCGGGUCCAUUCCCACUACCAUUGGGGCACUCUCCAAGUUGCAAUACUUGAAUCUUUCCAAUAAUGGCCUAACUUCUUCUGUACCUGCAGAAUUGGUCAACCUUAGUGGCUUGGUUGACCUUGAUCUUAGUGAGAAUUCCUUCUCUGGUGCUUUGCCAGAACAGUUGUGGUCUCUGCCGAGAUUGAGCUUCCUGGAUGUCUCGAGCAAUAACUUCACCGGUCCACUUCCUAAUUCUAGUUCAAUUUUUAAUUCUACUGCUAGGGAGCUCAAUAUUUCUCAUAAUAUGUUUUAUGGAAGCCUCAGUCCUCUGCUUAGAAGGUUCAGUUCCAUUGAUGUGUCAAACAAUUAUUUCGAGGGAAGGGUUCUAGACUUCAAGAUUGAUGUAUAUCUAGAUAGCAAUUGCCUCCAAAAUGCAACUUAUCAGAGGACACCAGUGGAAUGUGCAUCAUUUUAUGCUGACAGGGGCCUAACAUUUGAUAAUUUCGGACGACCAAAUUCAUCAGGAGCUCCAGAAGCAAAAGGCUCUGGGAAGAGCAAUAAAAACAAGAUAAUCUUGGCAGCAGUGUUGGGCGGGGUGGGCUUGAUUGCAGUAUUGUUGUUACUAGUACUGCUGCUUCUAUGCAUUCGCAGGAGAAGUAAUACAAAUCAAAGGGGAAAUGGUGUCGGCCCCGCUCCUCCUGGUAGCAGUCCUCCACAUCCUGGUGUACCAAUCAACUACUCAAAUGUUGGAGACUCAUUUACAUAUCAUCAGUUGCUCCAGGCCACAGGUGAAUUCAAGGAUGAAAAUCUUAUCAAACAUGGGCAUACUGGGGAUCUCUUCAAUGGUGUUUUGGAAAAUGGGAUUCAUGUAGUUAUCAAAAGGAUUGACAUUCGUUCGACUAAAAAGGAUGAUGACUUGUUGGAAUUGGAUUUUUUCAAUAAGGUUUCUCAUCCAAGAUUUGUUCCCCUGUUGGGUCAUUACUUAGAAAAUGAGAAUGAGAAGUUCCUGGUUUACAAACAUAUGCCAAAUAUGGACUUGUCAAAUAGCCUGUACUACAAAAAAACGCAAUCUGAAGAUGAUACUUUGAAGUCAUUGGACUGGAUAACAAGGUUGAAAAUUGCCAUUGGAGCAGCAGAGGCCCUAUCUUAUCUGCACCAUGAAUGUAAUCCACCCAUUGUUCACAGAGAUAUCCAAGCAAGCAGUAUUCUUUUAGAUGAUAAGUAUGAAGUUCGGUUAGGGAGUCUAAGUGAAGCAUGCCCUCAAGAUGGGGAUGCACAUCAAAGUAAAAUCACUCGGUUGCUGCGGUUGCCUCAGCCCUCUGAACAAGCCACAACUGGUACAUCAACAUCAGUUUGUGCCUAUGACGUGUAUUGCUUUGGGAAAGUGUUACUUGAACUGGUGACCGGCAAGCUAGGAAUUAGUGCCUCCAGUGUUGCUGAAGAAAAACAAUGGUUGGAUCAGGUGCUACCUCACAUUCAUAUUUAUGACAAGGAGCUCUUGACAAAAAUAGUGGAUCCGUCUCUGAUGGUGGAUGAUGAUCUCUUAGAGGAAGUGUGGGCAAUGGCGAUUGUUGCCAAGUCUUGCCUAAAUCCCAAAUCUUCAAGAAGACCCCCUAUGAAAUAUGUUCUCAGGGCUUUGGAAAACCCUCUCAGAGUUGUGAGGGAAGAAAGUUUCAGCUCAUCGCGGCUCAGAACAACCUCUUCUAGAAGCUCUUGGAAUGCUGCAUUGUUUGGUAGUUGGCGCCAUAGCUCAUCGGAUGUGACAGUGAUUCCACCAGCCUCUGGUACACGAGUAGAAGGAGGAAGCAGUUUAAAGCGUUCCGGUACUACCGGCUCGCAGGGUAGCUUCCCGAACACUGGAGGUGACGUGUCAUCACCUCGCGGGCGGCACUCGAGGGAGAUAUUCCCAGAACCACCUGGAGCUGAUGAUGUUGAGAGGCAGGAGCUGGAGUAACUGAAGUAAACAUUGUUCAGUAACAUGUUACAGCAGGAUUUCCAUUCCCAUUGCUGUUUGCUAAUACCACAUGCUCUUUAGUACAUGUUUGGAAAUCUUCUUACAAAUAAACUUCAAGGUAAAAUCAACUAAGGGGAGAAGCUUAUGUGAGUAGCUUCAAGGUGUCAGAAUUAAUUCUGAGGAAAAAGAAGUUGAUCCAAACAUGCUAUUAUUUGUUUUGGGCAUUGCUUGUGUAUUGGAAGUGGAAGGUGCAUAGUGUACAUUUCUGUGGUCAAAGUUGCAUUCAGAUUUCUUGAACUUGUCCCUAUUCAAAGGAUACUUGUAUUUCUUUAUAAGUGAGUUUUGGACACACAAACUUGGGUGUAUUGACAGAUAUAGAGAGCCAGAAGGCAGAGUGCUAUAGUAGAUUAGAACACUUCGGCUGCUUGUUAGAAACAAACAAGCCACAAAUUUUUCCUCUUGUAAUUGAUUUUUUAUUUGAUUAACUCCAUUGUCAGACUCUAGAGUCUUGUCUUGGAAUGUAAAUUUGGAUGAUCCUAUUUGUUGUUAUUCUGGAAAAAAGGGACAGCAUAAAGAAAUGUUAUACAGAUUCUUUUGGCUCUGAAUCAAUUUGUUG